GUCAAAUCUCAAACUUCAGAGCCUGAGCUGCUCACAAACCCAAAAUGGACGGCAAGAUUAUCUGUCUGAUGUUUCUGCUGGGACUUUAUGAAGGAGGAAUGGCACAAGGUACGACUACAGCUGCCCCAACUACGAAUACAGCUGCCCCAACUACGACUACAGCUGCCCCAACUACGACUACAGCUGCUCCAACUACGACUACAGCUGACCCAACUACAACCACAGCUCUGCCAACAACAACAGAUGGCUGUAAACCGUUACCGUGGGACGAUCUUACAGCGCUCUAUAACUCACCUGUGUUCAAUGCUGAGUGGAUGGUGACGUCCGUGGGGAACACGCCUGUCCUCGCAGGAUUCAUCGCCCGCAGUGGAGUCAGGGUGACUUUGUGUGACGGCUCAAAGUGGCUCAUUCACCAAGGGCCUAACGGUAACAUAGUAGUGAGCAGCGCCACCUACCUGUCUAGCAUGUGGAUGAUACGAUGCAGCAAGAAUUUCUAUGGACAAAAGACUGUGUCUGACUUCGUGAAUGCUGCUGGAGCGUCAGUAAAUUUCCUGCUUAACUGCAACAUCUGGGACUUAGCGAUCUGGUGGCCGACUCCACCUGUCCCAACUACUACUACAGCUGCCCCGACUACAACUACAGCUGCCGCGACUACAACUACAGCUGCCCCGACUACAACUACAGCUGCCCCGACUACAACUACAGCUGCCCCAACUACUACUACACCGGAUCCAACUACAACCACAGCUCUGCCAACAACAACAGGUGGCUGUAAACCGUUACCGUGGGACGAUCUUACAGCGCUCUAUAACUCACCUGUGUUCAAUGCUGAGUGGAUGGUGAUGUCCGUGGGGAACACGCCUGUCCUCGCAGGAUUCAUCGCCCGCAGUGGAGUCAGGGUGACUUUGUGUGACGGCUCAAAGUGGCUCAUUCACCAAGGGCCUAACGGUGACAUAGUAGUGAGCAGCGCCACCUACCUGUCUGGCAUGUGGAUGACACAAUGCAGCAAGAAUUUCUAUGGACAAAAGACUGUGUCUGACUUCGUGAAUGCUGCUGGAAAGCCAUUCAAUUUCCUGUUUGACUGCAACAUCUGGGACAUAGUGAUCUGGUGGCCAACUACACCUGUCACAACUACGACUCCACCUGUCCCAACUACAACUACACCUGUCCCAACUACGACUCCACCUGUCCCAACUACUACUACACCUGUCCCGACUACAACUACACCUGUCCCAACUACUACUACAACUGCGCCAACUACAACUACAACUGCGCCAACUACAACCACAGCUCUGCCAACAACAACAGGUGGCUGUAAACCGUUACCGUGGGACGAUCUUACAGCGCUCUAUAACUCACCUGUGUUCAAUGCUGAGUGGAUGGUGACGUCCGUGGGGAACACGCCUGUCCUCGCAGGAUUCAUCGCCCGCAGUGGAGUCAGGGUGACUUUGUGUGACGGCUCAAAGUGGCUCAUUCACCAAGGGCCUAACGGUGACAUAGUAGUGAGCAGCGCCACCUACCUGUCUAGCAUGUGGAUGAUACGAUGCAGCAAGAAUUUCUAUGGACAAAAGACUGUGUCUGACUUCGUGAAUGCCGCUGGAGCGUCAGUAAAUUUCCUGUUUAACUGCAACAUCUGGGACUUAGUGAUCUGGUGGCCGACUCCACCUGUCCCAACUACAACUACAGCUGCCCCGACUACAACUACAGCUGACCCGACUACUACUACACCGGCUCCAACUACAACCACAGCUCUGCCAACAACAACAGGUGGCUGUAAACCGUUACCGUGGGACGAUCUUACAGCGCUCUAUAACUCACCUGUGUUCAAUGCUGAGUGGAUGGUGAUGUCCGUGGGGAACACGCCUGUCCUCGCAGGAUUCAUCGCCCGCAGUGGAGUCAGGGUGACUUUGUGUGACGGCUCAAAGUGGCUCAUUCACCAAGGGCCUAACGGUGACAUAGUAGUGAGCAGCGCCACCUACCUGUCUGGCAUGUGGAUGACACAAUGCAGCAAGAAUUUCUAUGGACAAAAGACUGUGUCUGACUUCGUGAAUGCUGCUGGAAAGCCAUUCAAUUUCCUGUUUGACUGCAACAUCUGGGACAUAGUGAUCUGGUGGCCAACUACGACUCCACCUGUCCCAACUACAACUACACCUGUCCCAACUACGACUCCACCUGUCCCAACUACUACUACACCUGUCCCAACUACGACUACACCUGUCCCGACUACUACUACACCUGUCCCGACUACAACUACAGCUGCCCCGACUACAACUACAGCUGCCCCGACUACAACUACAGCUGCCCCGACUACAACUACAGCUGCCCCGACUACAACUACAGCUGCCCCGACUACAACUACAGCUCCCCCGACUACAACUACAGCUCCCCUGACUACAACUACAGCUGCCCCAACUACUACUACACCGGCUCCAACUACAACCACAGCUCUGCCAACAACAACAGGUGGCUGUAAACCGUUACCGUGGGACAAUCUUACAGCGCUCUAUAACUCACCUGUGUUCAAUGCUGAGUGGAUGGUGAGGCCCGUGGGGACCAUGCCUGUCCUCGCAGGAUUCAUCGCCCGCAGUGGAGUCAGGGUGACUUUGUGUGACGGCUCAAAGUGGUUCAUUCACCAAGAGUCUGACGGUGACAUAGUAGUGAGCAGCGCCAAAGAUUUGUCCAGCAUGUGGAUGACACAAUGCAGCAAGAAUUUCUAUGGACAAAAGACUGUGUCUUACAUCGUGAAUGCCGCUGGAGCGUCAGUAAAUUUCCUGUUUAACUGCAACAUCUGGUCCAUAACGAUCUGGUUUGACUGAUGUGGCCCAUGCUGGGCCAGUUCUUCAAUACACAUUUAUUUAACCCUCUGAUGCAUGAAUUAUGAAAGCCUUGGUCAAGAUUUUUUGUUGAAGUGUUUUCUCAAGACAUAAAACAACAUUGAACUGCCUGUAAAAAUGAAUUAACUUGUGUUCUAUUGUAAAUAUACAGACACAUGUUUCUUUUUAUGCUUUGAAAAACAUUUCAACAAUUUUUUGGGAAAUUUCAGCACUGUAUAGGUGCAAUGUUUAAGCCUGAAUAAGAAAAACAAUCAAAAACCAAGGAAAUUUACUUGCAGUUACACUGACUGACCACUGAAUUGACCUCAAUGGAGUGUGGCAGCAGAGAGCACUGUAGAAGCUGAUAUGCAGUUUCACCACAUAAACCAGUGCAGAAAGUUCUGUUUUAGUAGCUGUCCACUGCAGUGACCGCUGUGCACCAGAGGGUUAAAUCUACAGUAUGUAUCUUUAUAGAGGUGGAAUGUCAGGCCCUCCUCCAGAGCAAAUAAAAGUCAGGUUUGUGGAGACGCGAGCCCACUUAAAGAAAGGAUGCAUAUUUUUGCAUGUUUUUUUCAGUGCAAUAAGCACAAUUAAAAUUUAAAUAAAAUGUUUUUAUUUUUGUCUAUUACAAAAAACUUACAUUCUGUUUCUUUAAUGACUUGUUUAUGCAGGACUUCUCAUUGUCAUGGUGAUAAAAUAAAUGACAUGAUAAUAUAUAAUAAAACAUUCUGACAU